UCUUCACUAAUUCUCACGAACUCGCACAAGUAGCAACACAGAUUUCACCAAAUCAGUCUCAAGUUUCAAAAACCUUACGGAUUCAUCAUAAUUUCUCUCUCGCACUUAGGUAAAUUGUCUGAGAUCACUAUUCUAGGGUUUCCUGAUUGAAAUGUUUCCUUAAUUACUACGCCGUUUUUGUUCCAUAAGAAGAAAAACAAAAAUGGUUGGUAGAAGGAAAUCGAAACAGGCUCGUUUUAAAGGAUCAAAUCGUAGUAGAAGAUUGAAGGAAGAAGAUCGAAUAAGCCAACUACCUGAUCCUUUAAUAUGUCACAUACUUUCUCAUCUUCCAACAAAAGAAGCUGUUUCAACAAGCGUCUUAUCCACAAGAUGGAAGACUCUCUGGCUUUGGGUUCCUAGUUUGGAACUGAACUCAAGAAAACUCCCAGAUUUGAGUGCCUUCUCGUGUUACGGUAACAGGUUCUUCGAUUCCAGUAGAGUCUCACACAUAAACGAACUCAAGUUAAUCAUAGCUGAUAUUAGAUUUAUAAACGGUGAUGAUUACGAUUCCUCUUGUUUCACAUCAUGGAUUGAUGCUGCUAUCAAACGUAAGGUUCAACAUCUAUACGUUCGUUUCCCUCUAAACAGUUGUCUUGAUGUGAUGCCGUUAAGCGUUUGUAACUCUGAGUCAUCGGUGUCAUUAAAACUUCAUCUGGUGGCAUUGCCUAAUGGGGACUUUGUUUCUUUGCCUUGCUUGAAGACUUUGCAUUUGAAUACUGUUUGUUAUCCGGAUGAGACCACUUUUGAGAGACUUGUCUCGUCCUGCCCUGUCUUGGAAGAGUUGGAGGUUAAGGGAAGUGUUAGUUGUAAAGCUAAAGUAUUUCGGGUGUUGUCUAAGUCGUUGAAGAGGGUUGUUAUAAGUUUACGUUUUUCUCUGUUUCAUCUUGGAUCAGAAGUUGAGGUUGAUACUCCUCGGCUACGGUUUUUGAGGAUUGAUGAAAACUUGUCGGAAAGGUUUGUAAUAACCGAUAUGGAUUCCAAUGUUAAGUUAGAUCUUCGUCUCCGGUCUGGUAUGGUUUUUGACAAAGCAUAUCUAUCUAAGAAGAAAAGAUUGCGUAACUUUCUCCCACAGAUUUCGAAGGUCAGGGAUAUGUUCAUACAUCUAGACACUUUCAAGCUCCUCUAUGAAUACUCGAAACUAGAAUCACUGCCUCAGUUUGGUUGCAUGUCCCGCCUGCAAGUAGCUCUCUAUUAUAACCAUUCGAAAUGGUUACCGACCUUUCUUGAGAGCUUCCCAAACUUGAAAUUUCUCAUCUUGGUAUGCUAUGAUGAUGAUUCUGAGGAAACGUGCUCCGAGGAGAUGAAUCAUUUUAGUUUUUCACAUGUGCCUCAGUGUUUGCUAUCGUCUCUCGAGUCUGUUGAUUUCAAAGUGCCAAUCAGGGGACUUGGUGUACAAAUGGAGCUAGUAAGGUACUUUCUAAAGAAUUCUGCUGUCCUCAAGAAACUCACUCUGCCUUUGCCUUAUGAUGCAAUUCAGAUUCAAGAUGACUUUGUCAAGAAGCUCCUCAAAAUCAAAAGACGCUCUACAGAAUGUGAAGUCGUCUUUCUCUGAUUGGUUAAAAAGAGUGUAGAAAGAACACUGUUGAGGUUUUGUGUUAUGAAAAGACAAAGUGAACAUGGGUGGUUUCGCUUCCGUUCUUCCUUGUUUUUUCGCUACUUGUUUCUGAAUUCAUUGACAGCCCAUGGAUCUUAUAUCAGUUCUAAUUUAAACUAAACAUGUAAACCACACUA